CCGACUGCGCAAGCUCACUGAACCAACUUCCGUUAUUUUGCGAAUACAUUUUUCCGGUUUUUGGACCCAAAACAUGCGAAAAUGGCCUUCCAGCUUCGCCCUUGGAACACACAUUUUAUAAAAUUAUGUUCUGUACGAUAUGGUGCCACAUUCACAGGCAUAGAAAGCGCUAAAACGGACGCUAAAUCAGUUGUCACGGGUGUGCAAUGUGGGGAAGCCAGCAAGCAUGAGGUUGAGGUCAUGCAGCAAUAUAUACAACAUGUACUGCAUGUACACAAUCUACCUGAGGUCCAGGGGCCGGGCAAUACCAUCAUCACAUUCACAAAAUCCGAGUCCGAGAGGCUGGGCAAAGUUUCUUUCCCAAAACUAGUUUUCAUUUCACAUCACACUAGAGGCAGGCUUACAAGUCGAGAAGGUGCAUUUCUCUCCAAAGUUCCUGCAGGAUCCAGCCUUCACACUCUGGCAUUGGAAACGAAAAAACUAACUGGAGCUUUACUGCCUUGCUUUACUGGCAAGUUCAGCAGGAGAGAGGAGUUCCAACAUGACGACCCACUACAGUCAUUUCUGCCAUUAACAAAAUUACCGGGUUCAGCAAAGGAGUUGUGUUUGACUUGGAGCUCUGAUUUUCGAGUUGAAGAAAAACAAAAAGAAAAUCCCAGUUUUCAAGUGAAAAGUACAAAACUGGACAAUAAAGGUUUCCUCGAUCCUUUAUUUAUUGGGAACAUUUUUCACCCAGUGAGCUAUACAGCUGAUGACAUGCACAGUGCAGAGACGACAUGGAGUCCAGGUCAUGAAUCAAGCUUUGAUGAAUUACCUGGUGAUAUUCUCUGUGAAUGUGAAAAAACAGACAUUUGCUCCUCGGAAAAAUUUGUAAAGGAAUAUCCUAGUGACCUUCUUCUCCAAGAAACAACCCCAAUCACUGUUGUACCUUUCGAACCAGUCACCAAGGACAUGAUACCGGUACAUUGUGAUAUUCAAACUGAGGUGUGUGAAAUUAGCUGUGAUACAUCAAUCGAAAAGACUCUGAGCCCUAAGUCUGUAUCGUCACCAGUGGAUUCCGAUGUUGUGGAAAAUUACCUAUGCUCUGCCAAAAUGUCAUCGGGAAUUGAGCCCCCGAAAAACAGCCAGUCUUCAGAUAAUCUGCUGAAGAUGAAGGAAAAGUUAGAAAAAGAGUUCCAAAACUUCUUCGUGAAAAUGCAUGACUAUUCGCUUUACCACAAAGAAAUGGUAUUUGAAAAUAACUACUGGGGCGAGGAGAAAGUCUACAGAGGUAUAAAUGCCUACGCCUGGGAACUCAACAAGAUCAAGUUUCUCUCACAUUUCAAAUUUUCAAACGUCAAGUUCCACAUUUUACGAAUGACACACCACGAAGAGGACAAUACGAUAAAGGUGCGAUGGCGUGUCAACGGUCUGCCGACGCUCACAACAUACCUCAAGUUCUGGAAAUUCUUGCCGGGAAAGUACUCUAACGCUAUGGAGCAUGAGUCUGAGUGGCAUGAUGGUUUCUCUAUAUUCUAUCUCGGAAAAGAUGGACUGAUACAAAAGCAUAGAAUUGACAGAUGGAUGUUAGACGAGGAACGAGUUGUGCCCAAGAAGACUGGCGUAGCUGCAACCCUCGCCAUUUUGAUUGGACUAAUCCCACGGCCUAGCCUAGGAGAUUUGAAUUCUUUUAUGAUGACCCACAAGAAACCAGCAUUGCCACCAAGUUUAUAAUGCUAGUUAGAUAUAGAGGAGAUUCCGAAGACGACCAGGUGUCACUGGACUGUCCGAAUGAGACAUUGACAUUUGAUAGUCGGAGUAGAGUUUCAUCGUACUUCUCUAAACCGUGAAAUUCUCGUGAUAUGAAAAGUGUUUACAAGCUCAGAGAUGGAAUUCAGACUGGCGUUCUUGUAGUUACGUGUACUCAGCAUUGUGCGUGGUUACAUGGUGUACAUGAUGACACAGACUUUGCUUUAAUGUCAAACACAGCUUCUGAUCUUUUUCGAAUUCAUUUGUAUACCAAACUAGUAGUGAUAAGCUUCCAAAUAUUGAUUUUCCAGAAGCAGUUUGAUUCAACACCAACCCAUCAUUGACGACAUCUAAUUGACUUCUGGCUAAUACAUGUAGCCAAAUGUGAAAUACUGUAGUUAAUUCAUCAAUGUUACGGUUCAAUAGUCUUGAUUAACUGUUUUCUAAUGUUCACUGUAUAUGUAAUUAUGAACAAUUUAGAAGUAAUGUUCUCAUGUAAUUAUCAUGUACGGAUUUGGAUGAAAGGACAUUGUAAUAAAAUACGGAAUGUUAGUUGUCAAUUUA